CAGCUUCGGAGCUUUCGUUCUCGAAAAAACAACUCGAACUCUGUCUGUUUGUUCAAUAAACAACUCUCUCUGUUUAUUCAACCUAUAAACAACCUUCAAAACACCCCUUUUUCGUUUUCACACCCGUUUUCGUUUUGACACAUCCUCUCAUUCUUGGAGCAAAGAAAACUACACUCCUGCGCUCCGUAGUUGAAACAUUCCUUUAGUACUUUUACACAACUAAUAUCGUCAACUUGCUCGUUUCUCUAGUACUCUUGUUUCUCUAGUACUCCUGUCGUGUGUCUGAGAAACGCGACCAUUAAGAUGAAGGUCCGCUACGCUCCAGUGCUCUUGGUGGCCGCCAACUCUUGUCUUGGAGUGUCGGCCGCUCAAUCAGGUGGUGGAUCAGGGGAUCAAGGAGGUUCUCCAGGUACAUCAACAGAGUUGCGUCGGCGAACGAAAUUUGGAUUUAAACCGCCAGCACGUCUCGGUACGACUACUCUUGGGGGCGAUGAUUCCGCUCACUUGCCAGGUACGGUUGCUCCUGAAUCAGGUGCUGGAAUUCUUGAUCCUCAUCAUGGGAACGAUGUUACGAUGUUGCCGGGAGCUGUCACUGGCAAUCUUCCACCUGAAACCCCUGCUGGUGCACAGAAGUAUUGUCCGUUUACGCCUGCAGGUGAUCUGUCAAAUCCCUUCAUCAACGAAAAUUUUCAGGAAUCUUUGUCCCGCCGCAUCCAUACUCAAGUCCUUGCCAGUACGAAUGGAGUAAUGCAGAAGAUUCAGAAAAGCAUUUACGACAUGCGGGUCAGGAAUAUCACCCAAUAUAGAGAUUUUGCUUAAAAACGUCAUGGGUGAGGAAUAUUUCAUCAGUUCUACUAGUCUCGUGAAGAUAGACGUGAUUUUGUUCUUCAACCUCAAAACAACAACAAAUACAGAUAGAGCUAUAUACUAAGUAAAGGGCACGAACCUACACUCUCUUUUGAGACUAAAAACUUAUCAAGAAGGAUGAUCGCGCCUCCCUUUUGGUAUAUGUUGUAACAGUACCUUGAGGCAUCCUGACAUGACAUUCUGCCGCGAUAUUAUUUCAAGUAGACUACUACAUGGUUUUCGUUUUUAUCAACAUCGAUCUGUCGUAAGAGUUCGAUGAUAUAUGCAACAAGCAGGAUGCAAAUGAUCACGACAUGCUGUAACAACUAGCGUUCGACACCUCUACAUCACCGUCAUCAUCCUCCUCAUACAUCUUAGCUUUUCUCCACUCCACUUCUCACUCGACUCCUCUCCAUAGACCUCCUCUAAGCUAGGGACAAGAUGGAGCAGAAACUGAAGAAUGCUGAAUGGUACAUCGCACGCAUGACUGUUGCGGAUAUCAAGUUAAGGCUCAGAUGAUUUCAUUCAGAUUUCAUUGCUUGUCACUUAGUUUGGAGUCACUGAAAGUCCUUCGCGCAGCGAACUCCCCGAGAGCAGAGAUUAUAUAGGAUUUCAAGAGAAAGAAAGAUAACGGGCGAAAGCUAAAAAGCUGCUCUUUUGCCUUCGCGGGGUCCUUUCCAUUGAGAAUGAGUGAGCAAGAAUGACUGCUACCCUCUAAUCAAUUUAAGGGCUUCCACCAAAUUGCAUUUCCCAGUAGUAAGCAGUCCUUGGCUCUUUUCGGAAUAGAAAAGAAGGCAGGGGGCCGCUCUGACGAAUGUACUCAUUCCGUCACCUGCUCUAAUGAAUGGAGCGCUGGACGGCGGCAUACAUCCUGUUGGGCUCGCAAAAGAGGAAGGUAAGAUCUGGAAAGACAUGUCGGCUGCCGUUGCCAUGACGAUGGAUAUAUGGUCUCCGCAGCAAGAGAUUCGCAAAAACAGGAUGAAAAUGGACCUCCUCUCGGGCGUCUCGCACGUCCUCGAUCGUGUUAAGGCUUCAUCAACAAAUCUCCCAUUCAUCUCGUCCUUCUUCACGACUGACCACUGGAGAUGGAGUUAUAACAUCUCUGCUGCGUGCCAGCUUUGUAUAGUAAAUCUUGUAACCGUUCUUCAUGGGAAAAACGAAAAGGUUCCAAAUACAUGCGCUUUGAGCUUGAGGUAGCAACAUGAAGCUUUGUCUAGAUGGUUCGAUUAGUCUUCCGCCCCUACAGUCAAGCCUGACGAACGAUUUGCGUGAAAAAGUAGAGAGUUCCAAGAUCGUGCUGCACUCUCAGAGUGUUGCAGAUAAUCCAUCUAGGGGAGGUCGUCUCACAAAGGUUCUAAUGACAAGGGAGCUACAAGAACCGCGGGGGCUGUGACAGACGACACGCUUUUUAACAUCGCUGCGGGAACCGGUUGUGACGGCGCUAUCGUGGGUGACAAGAACGACCUGCCGUUUGGUGGAGCUUCUUCUGUUACGGGUCAUGUGGAAAAUGCAUCUAAGCACAGUCAUCUGGAAGAACAAAACAAGAAGGUCUAAAGAUUCAUUCAGAUGAAGAAGAUUCCUACGAUGCAUUUCCUGCCCCUCUACUAAUUCUGGUCCCCGUUUUUUCCUACAACAAAAGUCAUCUUCUGUUUCGGAUACUGCCUCUUUCACUCGUAGAGAUUAUCAUCCGGUGAACCCGCAAGUGAAUCUAAAAACGGACAUUUUUCCCACGGGCACGACUAUCUAUCCUUGGCCUUCCGCAGGCGCUGAAUUUGAAGACCUGAAAGUCAAAAAACAGGCGUUGGCAGAAAAUCUCGCAUAUCUUAUAGAGGUCAGAAACGAUGCUGCGGAGGAGGCGGGUGAGCCUCAUAAAACACGACGUCCUGCAAAACGAUCGGAAUCGGAAGAUCACUGGCCCUCCAUGCUAGACUACGAGCGAAAUCCAAAGGUUGCCCAAGCUGUGAGAAACCAUCUCAGGUUUCCGCCUUUCCUAGGAUUCAUCAAGCGUCCGUGGUUGGGUAGCGAUCAUAUGCCGCUUAAAGCAUCUUUCAGUAUUAAAGUCCCGGGCGGUCAGAUGAUCGGGGCAAUGGUAUUUCAGUGGAACGUUCUUGGGUGGGGUGUUGCAGACAUGCCGGGCUGUGCUAGGCUCCCAUCUCCCAAAGAAGUUACGACUCGUCGAUCAUUAUCUGGCUUAAUCGUAGUGGUGACCUAUCCUGGUGACUGAGUUAUAUUUACUUCUUGUCUAAGUACUUAUGUCUAUUUCGUAUAUCAUAUGAAAACAGUGACUCUAGUAGUCAAGUAACACCUACGGGGAUGAACCUAGAACGGUGCGUCACACUCAGCCAAUGAUAAUGACCAAGUACAACUUUCAAGAAGCGAGGUAAAACAAUCUCGCCGCAGCCUCUGUUUCAGCAGGGGAUUCUGCGUCAGGCACUUAACGAAAUGGAGGCAUUCUUGCAAGAGAAUCCCAGUCGUGUCGCGGUUUUAGCGUUUCAAGAGGAUCUUUUUACUGGAAGACGUGUGCAAGCGGAUGGCCAAGAUCCCGAUCACAAAAGUGAUGUCUUCGGCUCUCACGCCGAUGUUUCCCUGCUUGAGGGCUACUGGACCCGACUGCUGAAAGGCUACAACUACAAUAGCGAAGAAGACCUUCUCAAACCGGAAAUGGAUAUGGUUACAGAAGUAGUGCCCAAGUGGAUUCAUGGCGGCUUGCCCUCAGGAAAGCUCCGCGAAAAUUUGAUUGAUGCGGAUGGGACUCCGAAUAGAAGCGUUUUCCAAGAGUACCCGAACAUUAAGGCUCAUUCUCUAUAAUUCAUUUCCUCCACAGGUCACGUUUCUCCCUGUAGUUUCGUUCUAGAGAGAGAGAAUUCUGAGAGAAUGUGAAUCUGCGCAUGAGAAAUGAAAAGUUUUGAGCUCUUGUGGUGCUAAGAACAAAAAACUGAUGGCAUCCGAACUACAGCAAGGCUACGACCUCAUGAUGGGCAACACCGUUUACGUCAAAUUGGGCCAAGAGCUAAAAGACCUGGGCUGCAAGGUUCACUUCGAUGGCUGGAACGGAUACCUGGAGCAUUACGGUGCAGAAUAUAAUGAAAGAACGUCUAUUCCCCGUCGUUCUUUGGCUUCUGCUGUGGUCAUUUGUCCGAAAAACGGAGGGGAGUGGGUUCCGAUCUUCACCGCCGGUUCGGGCCAUAAUUCGGGAGGAAAAUACGACGACGGGCGUCUGCAACAGGUAAUGCUUGAUGGUGGCUUGGCUGGUCGCGAUAUUGUCACCGAACGAUUCUACGACAAUGCUGGAAUGAAAGUUAAGACUUCAUUGUUCUUUGGGUUUGCUCGCUAGGUCUACAAUUAUAGUGCUCUCUCUACUCUCGCUCAACCGACAACUGCAUCUUGAUCUUCCCUCUCAGAGAGCGGGCUUUACGAGGCGGGUGCUUUUUGAAGUUUAUUAUUAUUUACUCCAUUAGAGCGACCACAACGGAUAAGCGAAAGAUAAGAUGAAUGAAGAAAAGUGUACUAAAAACAUGCAGCCCACACAUGAUAGAUUAGAAGUUUGAUCAUACAUAACAAUUGGGAACCCCUUGUGCCCCUUCUAAGAAAGAUGAAAUUCGAGGGACAGAUGCCGCACAGGCAAUGGAGGUAGAUGCAUCGUCCUCGUCAGGUGAUGAAAUGGUCACGAAGACUCAGUCUGCGUCACCGUUGGCAAGUGGAGAAUUGAUGCACUACAAAGGUGCUGGCGUUGUCGCGCGUGCCCAGGUGAGCAAGUUCCUUGACUUGAUGAUCCACCAUUUUCAGAGCCUCAGCAGAGACUUGAAUCAAGGGACUGGAGGCCGCAUUAACGAGAACCUAACGUGCCCUCUGGGUCUCUUCAUCGAUUUCAACGCCAAACCGCAUAUGCAUCUGUUGCAAGAGCUGCUGAGAACGAAAAUCUUCCCAGUGGAAUACGCAACCCAACACCAAAUCGCGGAAAAGAAUCCGAAAGACUACGGUAUUGGUGAUAAAUUUGACAGUCCAGUCCGUAGUAACUUCAAAAAGGAACGUGAUGAACAUGAAUUAUACAAAGCUUUUGGGCAGGCCGCGCAGGGGCAGUAG